AUGGAAGGAAACGCAGAGGUUCUUCACGAUUUGCAGACGCUGCAUAAAAACGCCCUGAGGAACGACUUGUUCCGGUCCACCCGGUCCAGCUCUCUCUUGGGCGGUCAGUCCAGCAAGGAUGUGAUCGUGAACGGGUCGUACGCCCCCCUGCUGGUCAGUAUCAGCAAAAGGUCACGUGAACCCUUCGAGUCUGUGAUCCAGCGGGAAUUCGCGGUGGACGCAGAGGGUCCGAAGUUGGUCCUGUGUGGAGGGCCUGGGAUGGGGAAGACGGUCGCCGUGGAGAAGCUGAUUUGGGACUGGACCUGUGGUACCCAUCUCCAGCAUUACACCCUCGUUGUUCGGUUGUGCGCCAGGGCUCUGGGUGGCACUGAAGCGAGUCUGGAGACGGUUCUCUUGGAAACCUGCGGGCAGCUCGGUGCAGAUCGUCUCGAGCUCGUUCUGAAUCAGCCUGACACCCUGUUACUGGUUUUGGACGGUUUUGAUCAGCUCCAGGAUCUUCUCCCAGACCAGCGCUCAUCCACGCCGUUGGUUUCCGACCCGAAGCUGCCAGCAGGCGGCGCUGUGUUGGUGCACAGUUUGCUGGAAGGAUCUCUGCUCCCUGGGGUGUCGUUACUUCUUACCUGUAGGGAAACAUUUCCUCUAGAGUCUGUACGGUGUGUUCGUCUCCUAGGGUUUUCCGACUCUCAGAGGAGAACGUUCUUCCAGCAGUAUUUCAAAGACCUGGAUGAAGCUGAGACGAUCCUCCAACGCUGCCAGCGAGCUGUUGGCAUGGGCGAGCUCCUGGCAUGUCCUGCAUUUUGCUGGAUGCUCUGCUGCAUCUGUAGGACGAGCGUGGAGCGGCACGGUAGUGUCCCGGAGUCGCUUAGCGAGCUCUUCUGCAUGGUAGUGAACACCGUCCUGCAGGAGCACAGGGUGACGCCGGAAACGGGAAAGAAACUCCUGUACAGUCUGGGCACGCUCGCCGAACAGGGCACAUCCCUUACCCACACCCAGUCUGAGCUUAUCAACUGUUCCCUGCGCCCGUAUCUAGGCCCCCCGCUCCUUUCGGCUUUCCUGCACGUCGACCACAAUGACGCCAAGUUCUCCUUCCCAUCUUCUGCACUCAAAGACUUCCUACACGCCGUCUCCUUUUACCUGGACCAGGACGACGCCGAGAUCCCUGCUGGUCAUCCCGAGCUUUAUUACACGUUCCUGGCCGGCCUCUCGGACCCGGCACAGCGACGGCUUCUGGAGGUCUCGCUCGGAAGCUUCAACAGCAGACGACUCUCAGAGUUCCAGCGCUGGCUGAUGGGGUCCGUCGCCGAGGUGUUGCCGGGUACGGACAGGUCGGACCAUUUCCGUGUUCUGCGUCUGCUCCAUCACUCGCUCAGCCCCACGCUGGUCAGAGGAAGUGUAGGAUCCUGCGCGUGGAGGUUAAUCGGUUACAAAGGGAUGGACGAGACGGACUGCGCCGCGCUGGCGUUCACGGUGCGCUGCCUCGGAGAACUGGAGAGCCUGAAUCUGUAUGGGAGCGCGCUGACCGAGGAGCAGGCCGAGAAACUCACCAUCGCCUUCCACCUCGCCGAGUCCAUCAAUUUAACUCAGAGUCAGAUAAACGUGGACGUGAUGAAACACCUCGCUCCAGCCACGAGAGGUGGAAGAACCACCGUCCUGGACCUGUCCUACUCCAAACUGGGAGAAGAAUCCUUCAGGAUCCUCUGUUCAUCCCUCGUCUUCUCCAACCUGCACACGCUCAAUCUGUGGAACUGUGAUCUUACACCAGAAUGCAGUGCGGCGCUCUCUGACCUGUUGAGCGGUUCUAAGCUGCGUGUGUUGAAUCUGGGAGGGAAUGAGAUGAAGGAUGAGGGAAUAAUUCAGCUCGCCGGCGCACUGGGGGCGUCAACGUGCCCCCUGCAGGAGCUCAGUGUGGAGAGCUGUUCUCUUGGUGUAGGCUGUGUGACUCCUCUGUGCUCCAUGUUGAUUGGCUCCCUCACAGAACUACAGAAACUCCACCUAGGCAGAAACAACCUGAGCCACGCCCACCUGGAGCUUCUGUCACACACACUCCAGUCUAACCGCACCAAACUACACACACUCAGUCUGUACAGCUGUGAUCUGACCGCUUCCUGCUGCUCCUCUAUAGCAGACGCUCUGCAGUCCAGUAACUGUGUUCUGACCGAGCUGGACCUGUCAGUGAAUGACCUCCAUGAUUCAGGAGCUCUGAUCAUCUGUGAGGCUCUCAGAUCUCCUCACUGUUUCCUGGAAAAGCUCAGCCUGACCCGCUGUGAGAUGACCGAGCGGGUGUUCAGCGCGGUCGGCAGCGUCUUGGUGUCUGGAGUUUCCCGGCUAAAGGAACUGGACCUGGGAUUAAACCGGGUAGGUGACGCCGGGGCCAAACACAUCUGGAGGGCCCUGAAACAUCCACACUGCCAGCUACAACAUCUGGAUCUGGAGAUGUUGAUGCUGACCGACGCCUGUAUGGACGAGCUGUGUGACGCCGUCACUUCCUGCAGCACCUUACAGAGUCUGAUACUGAAGAACAACUGCCUGACGGACGUUUCUGUGCCGCGGUUGGUCGGACUGGUGGAGAAGCGGCCGGUGUUGGAACUGAAUGUGCAGUAUAAUGACUUCAGUGAGGACGUGUUCGAGAUGAUGGACAGAUUCGACACCAUACAGUACUAACACGCCCGAGAGACUCGGACUGAACGCAGCUUCUGAUUGGACGUCUUUACUGCAGGAAAAUUUUCUACAAACUUUGUUUUAUUAUUAUUUUUUAUAUCCAGUAACAGACAGAAAUGCACCACAUGCACUCCAUAGCAACAAUAACAUGUUUCAUUGUGGAUUUGUUUUAUUUGUAUUGGUUAAAAGACUAUCAGUAAAACACGCUAGCUCACCACCGCUGCUGUCAGUCAGCCAGGCGCCUGCACAGACGUGAUUGGCUGUGUGUGUCUGAGGGAUUCAUCAUUAUUUCAGCAUUACUGUCCACAUCUCACUACAGACUUUAUCACAGACUGGACUAAAUAAUGAAGAACUCACACUUGUUAAUAAUAAAGAAAGAAAGUGUUAAUAAUAAAACUGAACGUUCAUAUCAGCGCUGCUCAGUCAGUAAAAUAAAGAUUAAUCAUGAAUUAAUGUAUUGAAUUAGUUAUCAAUUUAAAGUAGAAAUUCCAGACGACUUUAUUACAGCCGGUCAGGCUGAGAAAUCUCGUUACUGACCGUCCCAUAUGAACCCCGGGGCUUUACUAAUCAGAAGUAAACGUAGGCAGUUGUAACCUCACGUAUCACCCGCUAAAACAACCAACGCUGAGAUUCUGCUCGGGAGUGACGAGGAUGGACAGGAUCAGCAGCAGCUUUUCUCCAUGAGAUGAUCUGAGCAUGUGCAGAGUAGGCGUGAGAGUUCAAUGGGGAGAAGGUGCUGAGGAGGAGGAGGAGGUUCAGGAUGGAAUGGUCUGCUGUGGCGCCCCCUAAGGGGAGCAGCUGAAAAAAGAAGACGACGACGACAAAACUCGGUUUGAUAAAAAGCUUUUUAUUCCUAUUAAU